UAUGAGACAUAGCAGGAGACUCUGCUACAUGGGGCUGGGACUAGGCGCAUGUUUCAUUCUUGCUCAGAGGUAUUCCAAAAAUGACAAUGACCACGCCCACACAAACACAUACCAACAAAGCAUUUUUUUCACUUGGAAGGUAUCUGCCGCUUUCUUCUUUCUCUUCCUUUUCUUCCGUCCUGACGACCAGUUACUUUUUAAUUUGAAGAGUUUUUGCAUUUCUUAACUCACCACCGCCAAGGAGUUGCCUUUUGACACGAUCAUCCACAGAAUGGCUACGUUGCUGAUAACUUCGUUACUCCUCUUUCUAUUGCGUUGCACGCAGGCUGCCGAUUUGAACCUUGGAAUUCCGCGGGCAGGCUUCGUUAUUAUCCCAUAUUCAGAUAAAUUCGUUGCUUUUGGAGGAUCACGGAGUAUACUCAUCACCAAUAAUGCCAGUAUUCUCCAGAAUGACGCUGUUCUCGCGGGCACUGGUACAGUUGUCAACUAUAAAGGCUGGACGGUUUCCCAGACCAUUCUGCUUCAAAAUCAGCCGCUGUUGACUUUUUCCUCCUCAUGCGCCCCGUACGGAAAUUCUACGAUGCUUUGCUCCGGGGGAUUGGAUCACGAUCAUUAUUGGUCCAAUACGUUUAACUUGACGGUAUACAAUACUUCAAACUUGGCUGCAAUGGAUAUAACUCAGUACCCAAUGCCAAUAAUUCCGACACGUUGGGAUCAUGGCUCUGUGAUUUUGGAAAACAAACUGUACAUUUUUGGUGGACGAGGGCCUGUCAACGUUACGCAACCACCCAUUGUUGAAUUUGACGACCAUUAUGUGAUCGACUUGGCUGCGGCCCCCUACGGCGCAACAAAGAUUGUGUCCACGAAAACACCUGGUCCCCGAACGGGCUUCUGUAUGGCAGCGCUGAAUUCCACAGCCUAUGUCUUGUACGGUGGAUAUCGCGAAACAUCGGCAAAGUCAUACUACGAUGAUACGUGGAUUUAUCAACCCUCAACCGGAUGGGUUGAUGUGACGUCCCGGACACAGGGAAAUCCUUCGCGACGUGUCAGCCCUGCCUGUACUACUCUGAACGGCCGUGUUUACAUGUUUGGUGGAUGGGGACCGAGUGUCAGUGGCAUGAACGACGUCUGGGUCUUUGAUGCUGAAAUGUUGCGAUGGUGGCAACUCUCAGCCGAUUCCCCGAAAUUGACAGGUGGUCGGCCGCAAGGACGCUACUACUGUAGAAUGCAUGGUGUUGGAAAACAUCUCCUUAUUACCGGUGGAUUACGUCUGGCGCCGGCUGGUAGUGGCGUCGCGGACGACUCUGCUCUCUACAUUUUCGAUACUGUGGCAAAUAAAUGGGUGGAGAAGGUAUCCGAUAUAGCAGAUGUUACCGCCGGCACAGCUCCUCCCCCAAAUAGUGUUCCUACAUGGGCGAUGGACGUAGGAUCCCGAAAGGCCCAGACAGUAGGCAUUGUACUCGGUGUGCUUGGUGGGUUGGCCCUUAUAACUGGCGGAGCUUAUUGGUAUCUAGUGUAUCGACGCAACAAAUCGAACGAUGGCGCUUUUACCGUUGGUCCCAUGCAGUAUGCCCGUAAGGAUGACCUUGGUCCCAGGGCUUUGUUGCGAUCCCUUUCUGGAUCGUCUCGGUCUACAGGAUCUACUACAUUCUCUGGGUCCUCUCGGGGCUCCAACGGUCCUGGCUCCCCAGUACCUCCUGCCCGUACGCUAUCGCUACAAUCAACCCAAUCACGCACGACUAGCAGGCAUAGUUCUGGAUCAGCGACACAGCUACCUGAACCUGUCCUUGCCACACGUGCUGUAAAUCCCGUCAUUGUCAACCGAUUCGAGUUUCCAAUCAGCCCGCCUGCCUAUGAAUCGUUGGUGGGCUCGAGCGGUCUGAUGCUUCCAGAACUCUCUGCUGGCAAGAGUAGCGAAGACGAUGCGGCAACAAAACUGAAAGGGCUUCCGCACGUUGGAAGCACAUACUUUAAGCCAGGAAUACAUCAAGAAAACCUCUCAGGAGACGAAAUUGUUAUUGCACCCGGAGAUACAGUCUAUGUCCGGGAACUUUAUGCUGAUGGUUGGGCCUGCGGCUGGAACGCAACCAGUCAAAAAGACGGCUACUUCCCUUACAAAUGCGUUAAAGGGACCUCAUAGACCUUGACUUCACCUUUUGAAUUGUGCUUGGUCUUGGUCGAGCACUACAUAUUAUAUUUGUAUAUAUUAUCCGGAGCGCCUUCCAUUGUAUUUUGUCAAAGCAUGUAAAUGUAAAUGACAUGUAUUCGAUCACUG